AUGUCAACUCAAUAUCUCCCAAUAACCCCAGGAGCCUUUGCUGAAGCAAUCAAAGAGCUGCCCAUCGCAGUCCUCUACAGCAAAGUCUCCGAGCUCACAAACUCCAUCGCACACCUGCACCGCUCGAAUGCCGAGCUCCGCGCAUUCUUAGCAGAAAGUAACAACUCGGAAGAAGACAAGAAGGAGCUGGAGGGGUAUAUCACUGAGAACGAGGGUGUGGCACUGUCCAUGAAUGAGCGGAUCUUGUUGCUGAAGACCGAGGUCGAGAAUCGUGGACAGCCUUGGAUUGAGCUUGAUGAGCUUAAGAUCAACAAUGACCAGGAAGCUUCGCCGGUGACGAAUGGAAAUGAGACUGAGCCUGGGGCCGGUGCUACGCCUGGGUCUGGGACUGAGGCCGGUGCAGGACAGGAGUCCAAUGAUCGGGAGGACGGGGAUGGGGUCUAUCUGUGA